AUCAUUGCAUCUGAAUUUUUGUGGUUUUUUUUAUAAUUAAUUUGAUUACACCGCGAAAUAUUAUUGACAUACAUCUGUAUACAAGAAACGAGAUAACAUAAUGGCAUCACAUACUGUUCUCAAAGAACAAUUACUAGAAAUGGGAUUCGAAGAAAAUCUUAUCAAUGGAGCGUUAAAAUUAUUGAAAGAAAAUGCAACAUUAGAAUCUGUAAUUGAAUCCAUCGAUAACGGAACAGCUGAAGAAGCAUCGAAAACAUUGACCGAAGAAGAUCUGAAACCGGAAUCAAAAGAUGCAAAGAAUGAAGAUAAAUCACCGGCAGAAAUUGAAGAAAAAAAGAAAGCAUAUGCCGAAAAAAUUAAACAAAGAAGAGCUGAAAUUGAAGAAAAAGAAAAAGAAGCUGAACGAUUAAAAGAAUUACAACGUCGUCGUGAUGGAAAAGAUAUUGGAAAAGUUCGUGAAGAAUUAGAACGUAAACAACAGGAAAAUUAUAUUGAAAGUUUAAAACGUGAAAAAGAUGAAGAAAAAGCGGCUAGAGAUAAAAUUCUCAAACAAAUUGAACUUGAUAAAGCUGAACGUCGAGCCAGAGCACAAGGUAUUGUUAGUGGGGAAAAGCCUUCAACAGCUGCCGUCAUAACGCCUUCCAAACCAAGUAUUGUAUCUUCAGCUUCCAAAACAGGUAAAACUAAAUUGGCCAUUCGAUUAUUGGACGGUACUCAAAUUGUCGAAGAAUUCGAUGAUAAAGAAGUACUUUCAGCCGUUCGUGCUUAUAUUGUAACUCAAAAGAAUAUCGAUUUUAACAUAACAUUCACAAUGCCCCUUCGGCCGCCAUUCAAUGAAGAAGAUAUGACUAAAUCUUUGUUUGUACUUGGACUUUCUCCAAACGCUCGUUUACAAGUGAUUAAACGUUGAUGAUCAUCAUCUUAUACUUUUUUAAUUAAGAUUUUUAUUAAAAAACAAAGUUGAUCACCAAUGUCCGGAUCUAUUUUUUACUGUUGUUUCAAUAAAAUCCAAAUGAUUAGCAUAAA